CCCCCUUCGUGUGGCCGCAGUGAGCUCUAUCGGCAGUAUAGAAGGUCUAGUUUCUCUCUUCAGAUCAUCACGGCAUCUUUUUUCUCCGUACGGCAUUGUGAAUAAACAUAUAAUGGUUGAAAUAUACCUUUUGAUGCAGUAAAUCUUUCAACGAGAAGAACAAAAGCGAAUACCGUAUUCUGCAGCAAGGACAACUUUUGAAAGAGUGAUUUAGCCAUGGCAUGGACGAAGGCCCCGGUCUGGUACCGUCACAAUUUCAAGGACGACGCCGGAAAAGAAGUAUCUUGUCGCGUUCAGGACGUAACGCUUGAUCUGCACGAUCCACUUGUCCACUACUACAAGACUCAGUUUCUUCUGGAUGAAACGAUCUGCAAGAGCUGUAACUGGGCGGAAGAUGAGGUUUCUGUGGCGGAGUACGAAGCGCUUAUAAGAAAAGCUAUGGCCAAGGGUGGUAGUGUCGUAGUCAUCGAGGAAGGUGGAGAGAGCGUAGGCCCCAACAUAAUUGGUGCUGGAAUGUACAUGGUAACCAGCAAGAACGAUGAAAACGUCUUCAAGGGAGAUGGUCGAGCCUUUCGCAUGCUUCUGGACCUAAUAGACACCUUGAAGUCUCAACCAGAGGCUGAUCCCCUCACCCGAUCAGUAACCAGCCCUGUGUCGCAGUACAUGACCGGCUGCGGAAUGUGGGUUCGACGAGACAGACGCCGACGAGGCAUCGGCGAAGCCAUCAUUCGUGGGGUACUCGCAAAGUGUCAGGCCACUGGCGUCCCAAACUUCACAGCCUUCUACUCGGGCAUAGGCAGUCAACGUGCGGCAGUCAAAGCCGGUCUCAAGGAGAUAGCAAAAGUGACCUACGCCGAAUACUUGGGUGAAGAUGGCAAGCCCGUGUAUCCUACACAUGAAAAGGACUGCAUUCUCCUAGGGACAGAUUUUAGACAGUCAAAGUAAACAAUAACAUAGGAAUGCUUGCACAGUACAUAUUCUUUGCAACGUUUCAAAAAUUUUCCAUCUUUGAAUUGCAAGCUUCAAAGAAGAGUUUUCAACAAUUCAAAGCUAUUUUCUGCAAGCAUUUUAAAGCGAUUGAAGAGUUUCCACGCAGCGGAAGCAAGUACCCUUAACUAUUUCGAUGUCUUCAGAGUUUCCGAUGUUGUCAGUAAAUGCCUAGAAAGGUUUAAAACACGGAAAAAAUAGUCCUCACAACUAAUAAAUUGGCUAAUUUUGAUAGAGCUAAUCCCAAAUUCGCUGUGGCAGCUAGUAGUUGGUUGCUACAGACACGUGUUAGUUGCCACAGCGAAGCUUUCGCUCCAGGAGACAAUGGGUUCGUUCUGACAAACUUAAUGGGUGUUUCGCUGUCAGGACGAACCGAUUGUCUCCUGCAGCGACAGCUUCGCUGUGACAAUUAACUCUUGUCUGUGGCAACCAACUGUUAGCUGCAACAGCGAAUUUCUUGUAUAUUAUGAAAUAAGCUAAAUCAUUAGUGACAACUCAUUCUUUUUAUUCCGUGAAACAUUUCCAAUGGAUUUACUAGGUUUAGAGGGUUUUUUUAUCGCAGAAUUCUGACUUUGGGUUUCAUUAUAAGACUUUAUGUGAAAGAUGUAAUGUUGCCGUUCAAUCGUUGAACAGAAUUGUUCUAAAUUAUCGAUCUUUUGAAUGUAAUAUAUUUGUACAUGCCGAAUUUUUAACUCUUAAAUAAAUUAAGACCUUCGUUACAAAGAAAGGAAAUAAAACCGUUAUUGAACCGUGCA